UCCAAGGAAACCCGGUAAGCCCAGGGAAAAGAGAAAACGGAGCAAAACUCCUCCGACUUCUGCCUCAACCGUGGCUGGGCAACCGCGAACGAAGAGGAAGUGAUGAUGCAGAGUUAGAAGCUACUGAGAUUCCUUGCCCUACGAGGACGUUAAUCCAAUGGCCUUAGCAAUUGCCUGUGGGGAAUCAAUGCCAUGCUCAUCGUCUCAUGUUUUUCUGAUUCGGUUCUUGAAUCAAGCACUCGAUUCCAUUAAGUACAAUGUUGCGCAGAUGGUGGCCAACAUUUUGAGCAUUAAUCCAAAUGCAAGGGCUAGUAAGGUUGAAAAUCCACUUUCAGCUGUUGGAGAUCUCAUGCCAGCUACCAGUGAUCAUUAUCAGUUGAGAACUCAAGAUUGGUUUUUUAAGAAGAAAGAUUUCAAUGGCAAACAAGACCCAAAGGCAGUGUUCAAUGUGUUAGAUGCAACACUAAAGGAGAGUUUGGAGCGUUUGAAAAUGAUGAGGGAAAAUAUAUCAUUGACAAAGUUAGGACUCAAGGUACGCACUUUGAAAGCUGAUAAUGCUGGACAGAUAGCCAUGAUUAAAGAUUUGUGUUUGGAGCAGAAGUUAGAAGCAGCUCUAUGGUUGCGGAGGGAGAUGAUAAAGAAAGGUGUUGUUCCUGAUGUGCCUACACACAAUUAUCUUCUAAAUGGCUUGUGCAAAAAAGGUGACAUGGAGAAGGCAGAUUGGCUUAUUAGGGAGAUGCUAGAAAUUGGUCCACCUCCCAACCAUGUGACCUACAACACCUUUAUUAAGGGAUGUUGCCUUUCAAAUGAUGCGGAUAGAGCCCUUUAUAUGUUCUCCACUAUGGCUACCCGUGGUAUCAGGCCAAAUAGUGUUACAUGUAGUAUACUUGUGCAUAAAUUGUGCAAGGGACAUCUUUUGAGAGAUGCUACAAAGCUUCUUGGGAAGAUGUUAAGGAAGGACAAUGGUGUAGCCAUAAUUCAGUUUUUAUGUUCAGACGGGAAGUUGGGAUCAGCUCUAAUGUUGCGGAGGAAGCUGAUACAGAAAGGUAUUAUUCCUGACAUACUUGCACACAAUUAUCUUCUAAAUGGCCUGUGCAAAAUCGGUGACAUGAAGAAAGCAGAUUGGCUUUUUCAUGAGAUGAUAGAAAAAGGCCCACCUCCAAACCGUUUGACUUACCACACUUUUAUCAAGGGCUACUGUCUUAUGGAUGAUAUGGAUAAAGCUCUCUAUCUUUUCUCAGCUAUGGCCAGCUGUUGUAUUAGGCCAAAUAGAGUUACUUGUAACAUACUUAUGCAUGCAUUGUUGAAGAGAGGUCUAGUAAGAGAUGCUAUGAAGUUUCUCGGAGAGAUUUUAAGUGAUGAUAAUGCUGGACAGAUAGCCAUGAUUAAAGAUUUGUGUUUGGAGCAGAAGUUGGGAGCAGCUCUAUGGUUACGGAGGGAGAUGAUAAAGAAAGGUGUUAUUCCUGAUGUGCUUACACACAAUUAUCUUCUAAAUGGCUUGUGCAAAAAGGGUGACAUGGAGAAGGCAGAUUGGCUUUUUAGGGACAUGCUAGAAAUUGGCCCACCUCCCAACCAUGUGACCUACAACACCUUUGUCAAGGGAUGCUGCCUUUCAAAUGAUGUGGAUAAAGCCCUUUAUAUGUUCUCCACUAUGACUAGCCAUGGUAUCGGGCCAAAUAGGGUUACAUGUAGUAUGCUUGUGCAUAAAUUGUGCAAGAGACAUCUUCUGAGAGAUGCUACAAGGCUUCUUGGGAAGAUGUUAAGGGAGGACCAUGGUGAAGCCAUAAUUCAGGUUUUAUGUUUGGACGGGAAGUUGGGAUCAGCUCUAAUGUUGCGGAGGAAGAUGAUACAGAAAGGUAUUAUUCCUGAUGUACUUGCACACAAUUAUCUUCUAAAUGGCCUCUGCAAAAUAGGUGACAUGAAGAAAGCAGAUUGGCUUUUUCGUGAGAUGAUAGAAAAGGGUCCACCUCCAAACCAUGUGACUUACAACACUUUUAUCAAGGGCUACUGUCUUAUAGAUGAUAUGGAUAAAGCUCUAUAUCUUUUCUCUGCUAUGGCCAGCUGUUCUAUUAGGCCAAAUAGAGUUACUUGUAACAUACUUAUGCAUGCAUUGUUGAAGAGAGGUCUAUUAAGAGAUGCUAUGAAGCUUCUCAGAGAGAUUUUAAGCGAUGACAAUUCGAAAGCAACUUCAGAUUUGAUAACGUCAACUAUACUUAUGGAUGGUAGUUUUAAGAGUGGGGAUAUGGUUCAAGCUCUUGGAUAUUGGGAUGAGAUGCUUCAAAAGAAUAUUCAGAUUGAUGUUGUUGCUUAUAAUGUCCUUAUUCACGGAUUUUGUUUGAGUCAGAACAGGAAGGUUGCUUACGGAUACUGUGGUGAAAUGCUUAGAAGAGGUUUACUUCCUGAUGUUGUUACUUAUAACACACUUGUAAGUGCUCUCUGCAAGGAGGGAAAAUUUGAUGAGGCUUGUCACAUUCAUGGUGUUAUGUUAAGAAUGGGCAUUGCUCCAGAUCAGAUUUCUUAUAAAGUAAUUAUUCAAGGCCUAUGUUCCUGUGGAGAUAUUGUGAAAGCUAAUGAGUUUCUUCUCAGCAUGUUAAAGAAGUCCAUACUGCCAGUGCCUCUUAUAUGGAACCUUAUAAUUCAUGGUUAUGGAAGAUGUGGAGAUUUUAGAAAUGCAUUAUCUAUUAUAGAUCAAAUGCUAUCAUUUGGUGUUUCACCAAAUAUAUUUACUUUUAAUGCAUUAAUUCAUGCACUAGUGAAAGGAGGAAAUUUACGAAGUGCAUAUUCUGUGAAAAAGGAGAUGCUUUUAAAUGGCCUUUUCCCAGAUGUGGUUACCUAUAAUUUAUUGAUAGGUGCUGCUUCUAACUUUGGACAGCUUGAUUUUGCACUCCAAUUACAUGAUGAGAUGCUGAGAGGAGGCUGUGAACCUGAUAUAAUAACUUAUACAGAACUGAUUAGAGGUCACUGGAAGAGAGGUAACCUGAGGGAGGCAAAAGAGCUUUUUGCCAAGAUUCAGAGAUCUGGUGUACAAAUUGAUCAUGUUCCCUAUGAGAAACUUAUUAAAAAGUAGUGGAAAUUGAGGAAUUCUGACUAAGACAUUUGCUCUCUAUCAGAAGUGGUUGAUGAGGAAAAAAUGAUUUAUCCUUUUUAAUCAGAUACGGGUAUCAAGAAAAGCAACACCCAUUUUUGCUUUCAAGUCAUGGUUUCGAAAGUCCAAGUUUUGAAUGAUGUCAAGUGUUUUGGGAUUUUGGAGGCUGAGUCUUACAUGUGUUCUUUAAGGAGUUCCAGGCGCUUGGCAGGAACUGAAGGCUGAUUAAGACUGGUAGUUGCAUCAGAUAGGGAUAACCUCCAGUUUACAACACAUCCUGCUUGAUCAGAGGGAUCCCGAAGUAAGGUUUAAAUCACCUCAUGGUUUGGAAAUUGAAUUAACAGUGAGCAAGAGCACUGCAUAGAAUGAGGAAAACUAAAUGCUUUGAGACUGCCAAAACCUUUUGUUCCAAGACACCUGAGGACCAAGAUUCAGCUCAUCAUCCAGCAAAAAAGGGCAGGGCUGGUGGCAAUGUUUUUGAGGGCCCUUUUAGUAGUGAAGAUUCCCAAUUUGGAAAUGAACACCAAGGUCCCCUACGAUGGAGAUGGCUGCAAAAGGAGGCUUCUUGAGCCCUAUUUGGUCUCUACAACUACAAGGUAUUCUGCAUAGCGGAGACUGGAGAGAGAUCAUCUGGUGGCUCCAUAGCUGACGAAAAGAUAACCAAUCCAAUCCUGUCCAUCAGCUGUAGGACAUAAUUGCAAAUGGUGGUUUGGUGCUGAUAGUUUGAGAAGCUUCAUCAAUAAUGUAACUUUUCCUUCCUAUUUGAUCUUUUUAUAUGUGGAUCACUGAGUUGCUUUCAUAAGCUUCUGGCCUGGGUGUACAAACUUAUUCAUUUACUGUACCCCCAUUGCUCGAUGGUUGUCAAGCUGCAACCUCCAUUUAAAUCAAAUAUGCAAUCAGAUGUUUACUGUUUUAGUAGUAUGUGAUGAUGUUGGAAGUUUAGAGCUGAAGAGUCCAUCUAUUCCAUGCUUCAGCUGAGAUAGGUACAUUAGCAAUGUUUCCUUUUGUAACUCCUUCAUUUUUUAAAGAAAUAGUCAGAGCUUCUCAUAGAAAUUGUAUGUUCAUUCAGCGAUGAUGUGAGGUUGAAGUGAACGGUGAAAUGUCUGUAACCAUAUCAUUUAUUAAUAUGAAUGAUGCUAUGUAACAACGAU